AUGGCUCCACAAUGCGGAGGGCCAAGCGUCCCCGGCCCCGUCCCUCCCAAUCUCCAACCACAGUACGCAAACGGCAGACACCUCGCAAACCAAGCAACCCCAAUAAUACGCCCGAUCGGUGAAAAUAUGACCGCCUCCGCAGCCCAGCAACCGGUCCCGAUGCCAGCCCAAGUUCCGGAAGCGCGCAUGAGCCAAAUGCCAAAAUCAGUUCAGCGCGAGGAGCGGGUCGGACGGGACCUAACAGACGCCCUCGUCGAUAUCAUGCACCGUUUGGAACGACUUGAGGUCGAUGAACUGGAGUUUCGCCUUGGACUGCGAGGCCCGGAUCCGCAGCUCGAUUUGAUAUGGGAGCGGCUCGGCAUCCUGACCAGUGCUGUAACUUCGAUACUGCGCUGGUCGAGGGACUUUUGUCCCGCGCCUGUGGGGCCUGGUGUUCAGCAGAUUUGGGCACUAGGGAAUGGCUCAGAGAAUUGCUGCGUUGAAGAUUAUCGCGGUUAUAUUGGUUGA